GAAAGAAUAACGUUUCCACAGCGUUGUACUUGCGACCACGAUCAGGUCCCGUUGGACACCACGCACAGUACGUGCGUCUGACGUCACCGCGCAGAGCAGACAGGAUGAAGGUGUAUUUCUGCGGGAGCAUCCGCGGCGGCCGCGAGGACGCGCACGUUUACCGGAGGAUCGUCCAGAAGCUGCAGAGCUACGGGAGCGUGCUGACCGAGCACGUGAGCUGCAGCGAGAUCAGCGAGAAAGGAGAGGACGCGGUAGGAGGAGACCGAGCCAUUCAUGACCGGGACGUGCGCUGGCUCCGGGAGUGUGACGUGGUCGUUGCCGAGGUAACUCAGCCGUCUCUGGGCGUCGGGUACGAGCUCGGCCGAGCCGUUACCAUGGAGACGAAGGUCCUCUGUCUGUUCAGACCAGCGUCAGGACGAAGUCUGUCGGCGAUGAUUCGCGGUGCUGAAGACAGCGAUCGGUUUGUGGUGAAAGAUUACAAAGAAGACGAAGUUGAGAACGUUCUGGAAGAGUUCUUCAACCGCCUGAAGAACCAGAAGAAAGCCCGAGGAGAACCUGAGGAGAACCUGAACAUCUGCAUUUAAAAACAACUUCCUGGUUCAAUUAUUUUAAGAAUGAAUUUACUGCAAUAAUAAAAGUGUUUCUAAAUAAAAAAAGGACUGAGGUUCUGGUUUUCAUGGUUCUGUUCUGAGAACCAGAUGAUUGACA